AUGGGUAAAUUUGUACCACGAGAUCGAAAACAGCGGAAUAAAUCGAAAUCGAAGGAUACCACGACCGCCAAUGAUGUCUCGUUGUCGUCGCAGAAUCCGAAUGCCUUGAUUGUUGUACCACAAACAGCAGAGGAGAAGGAAGCAAAGGCGAGACGGAAGGAGGAGUUGAGGCAGGAAUUGCGUUCUGCACAAUCUUCUAAGAUCACAAGCAAGAAGGCCAAGCGGUUGGAUAAAUAUAUCGAUAACAAACUGAAAAAGGAGGAACGGGUACGAUUAAUCGAGAAGCUGAAGGAUGUUCAGGGCGAUACCAGUCUUCUUGUCAAGACCACACAGCUCGGAGUCAAGCACGAAUCCGCACGAGACCAGUUGAAACGGGCGAUCAGAGAAGAAAAGGCUGGUAUCAAUGUUGAGGAAAAUGCGGCAAUACUCUACGAGGAACGAGAGGUACCAACGGAACUACCGGAGUCGAUACUACUGCUACAAAAUAAACAGACACAACCCGAUCCAGUCGUUCCUGGAGCCUCUGCACCAACCCUUAUGCCAGUACCGAAAGCUCCGGCUGUAGAAAUCCCCACUAGCUUAGGGAGCGGGCUAAAGAGACCUCUUGAAGUGGAUGAGUUCGGGCUACCGAUUCUGAAGAAAGUUAAGAAGAAGAAGCACAAACAUGAAACUGCCACUGAAGAAAUCGACGAGGAUGAACACACAGUGUCGAAUGAUGCAGAUAUGGAAGAGGGUGGUACAUGGGAGGGUUUUAGCUCUGGAGACGAUGACCUAAAUGGAGAGGUCUCGUCUGAAUCAGAGAACGAACAAGAAUCCGAAGGAUCGGAUGCGGAAUCAUCUGAAGGAGAAGAUGAGAGUGAAGAGGAUGAGGACGAGGAGGAAAGUGCAGAGGAGGAUGAGGAUGACGAGAUGGAAACUGGGGAGGAAGAGAAACGACCUAGUUGGAGGAAGACAGCAGGGAAGUCGGAAAGGGCAUCCUCGUUCAAAGCAUGGGCGGAAGCAGCGAGAAAUAAAAUACUAGAGACGUCAGAUAAGCAAUCAACAAGCUUAGGAGCCGUCCCUGGUGAAGUGAUAUCAUCAUUUCCCUCAGCGGCGUCACUAUCUAAAUCCUUAAAUACCACGUCACAAGACGAGGAGCCUCGGUACAGUGCGGCAAACAAACCAGUGGUCCAGCCCAUGCUAGUGAAGAAGUCUCUAGAUACCUUGUUGUCUGAAUCUAAGGAUGGGCGGAUAGCUCGUGCUGUGGCUGUCAACCGGAAUGAGGAUAUACAAACCCAACGUCUCCAGCUACCAAUAGUAGGAGACGAACAGAGGAUCAUGGAAACUAUCCACAACAACCUGGUCACUAUUCUUUGUGGUGAAACCGGUAGCGGAAAGACUACCCAGGUUCCCCAGUUUCUUUUCGAAGCUGGGUAUGGAGAUCCUCAAGGGGAUACCCCGGGUAUGAUUGGAGUUACUCAACCCCGGCGAGUCGCUGCUGUGACGAUGGCGAAGAGGGUGGCCGACGAGUUAGGGGAGCAUUCAGGCAGAGUGUCAUAUCAGAUUCGGUUCGAAGGAACAACUCAUGCAAACACAGCGAUCAAAUUCAUGACUGACGGUGUACUCCUAAGAGAGCUGGGAGAGGACUUUGCAUUACGGAAAUACUCUGCUAUCGUCGUCGACGAGGCUCACGAGAGGAGCAUCAACACUGAUAUAUUAAUAGGAGCGUUGAGCCGUAUCGUCAAGUUGCGUCUCGACAUGUCUAAGGAAGAUGAUUCAGUGAAGCCUCUUAAGCUCAUUAUCAUGUCGGCUACGCUAAGAGUUAAAGAUUUCACUGAGAACGGGAGACUCUUUGCAACACCCCCGCCAGUUGUUGUAUCAGAGGCUCGGCAACAUAAGGUAACGAAUCGAUUUUCGCUUCGAACACUGCAUGAAUACCUUGAAGAGGCCUAUAAAAAAGUCUGUAAGAUCCAUAGAAGACUUCCAAAGGGUGGUAUACUUGUCUUCUUGACUGGCAAGCAAGACAUAUAUCAGUUGAUGCAAAAGCUCCGCCGGGCAUUUCCCCUAAAUGAUGGAAAGCGAGAGAAAGAUGUUGAGGCUGGAGGUGCCUCAGUCCAAAUUCUACCAAAGGAUGCAGUCACCGAAACAGAGGAGGUAGAGUUUGGAGGCGAGGAUAAGUUUAAUUUGGACCAGGCCGAAGAAGACGAGGAGGAUCAGGAAGAUUCCGAAAUCGAGGACGACUACUACAGUGUAGAGGACACCACCGACGACCUCAUCAUCCUUCCCCUCUUUUCGCUUCUGCCAACUUCAGAACAAAUGAAGAUAUGGGCACCCUUGAAACCUAAUCAAAGGCUCUGUGUCAUCGCCACUAAUGUUGCAGAAACGAGUUUAACUAUCCCUGGUAUUAGCUACGUUGUCGACAGUGGAAGAGUCAAAAACAGGAACUUUGAUGUCACAACUGGGGUUCAGAGCUUCGACGUCGAGUGGAUCAGCAAAGCCAGCGCCGCUCAGAGAUCUGGCCGUGCCGGUCGUACAGGACCUGGCCAAUGUUACCGGUUAUACUCUUCGGCAGUAUUCGAGCGAGAUUUCGAUCAGUUCGCUAAACCCGAGAUUUCACGCAUGCCAAUUGAGGGCGUGGUUCUGCAGAUGAAGGCCAUGGGGUUAAACACCGUUGUCAAUUUUCCCUUCCCUACACCACCUGACCGUGAUGAGGUUAGGAAGGCAGAAAAGCUCCUGGGGUACCUUGGUGCAUUGGACUUAAAGGGUAAGAUAACAAAGCUUGGUGUGACUAUGAACUACUUCCCCGUCGCACCAAGAUUCGGUAGAAUCUUAGCAGCUGGGCAUCAGUACAAAUGCAUGCCUUACGUUAUCACUCUCGUAGCGGCCUUGUCGGUCGGGGAACUAUUUGUACCUGAACAUCAGUUAGAUUUCAGCCUUGCGGAUAGUGAAGACGGCAAUGACAGGGAAGACUAUAUUGCACCAGACUUUGCAGAAAAGAUGGAGCAGGAACGCAAAGAGGCACAGCGGAAAAAGUACAAUGCAGCACAACGGUCCUUCGCCAUGUUGGAUACGAGCAGUGAUGCGAUCAAAUUACUUACGGUUGUUUGCGCCUAUGAAUACGAAACACGGCAGGCCGAUUUCUGCAAAGACAAGUUUGUCCGUGCAAAGGCUAUGCAGGAGGUCCGCAAGCUUCGACAACAGCUGACCAAUAUUGUUCGAUCCCAAUUUUCGGAUGCUAUUGGUCAAUUCGAAGUCAAGCUGCAACCUCCAAAGGAUCUGCAGGUCAAAGCAUUGCAGCAAAUCAUAUCGACGGGGUUCUUGGACCAGAUCGCCAUCCGCGGUGAUCUCUUGCCCAAUUCUCUGAUCAAGCCUAACUUCAAGAAGGUUGCGGACAUUCCAUAUUUUACGUUAUUCGCAUCUUCUACAGCAAGGCUCGGUGCUAAGCUAGAAAAUUUAAACGAAGUGGCUGUUUUCAUACACCCAUCAUCGAUACUCGUGGAGCUCCACCAAAACCGAGAUUUUUUCCCGGAGUUUAUAGUGUACAACGAGAUGCAGCGAGGAGCUACAAGUGGCAAGGUCAGGAUUAAGCCGUUAACGGCGCUGACCGGGCAGCAGCUGUCAAAUCUAGCGAAGGGAAGCCCGCUACUUACUUUUUCGAAGCCAUUGGAUAAACCAGCACCGAUUGUGAAGGGUGAUGAAACAGGAGGCAUCACACGUGAGUGCUGGGUAAUACCCCGGUUUGGAGCCGCGGUAGGCAAGGCAGAGCAAGGGUGGACAUUACCUCCCCGACGGGUGACGCAAAAGAAGGCACCGGGGAGUGCGGUGUGGACGACGGAGUGGUAG